AUGACCAAGAAGUUCGAGUUUAAUUGGCAGAUACCCGUACCGGAACCUUUGUUGCAGGGCGCUGUUUUUGACAGAUGGACGGAGGAAAAAGACAACACCGAGUUUGAACAGAAUUGUUUGUUUAAAGUCGACGAAUAUGGCUUCUUUAUCUACUGGAAAAGUGAAGGAAAGGACGGAGAUGUCAUCGAGUUGUGCCAAGUCAGUGACGUGCGGUCUGGUGGAGUGCCAAAGGAUGCCAAGCUAAAUGACAAAUUAGAAAAAAAACAUGGCAAUAACUUAGAAGAAAAAUCGUUAACUAUAUGCAGUGGCACGGACUAUAUCAACAUAAAUUACCAACACGUCGUCUGUCCGGACGCGGACACCGCUAAUGUAUGGAAGGAGUCCCUCCGCGCCAUAACUCAUAACAACAAAAUAAACAACGCCUGUCCAAGAACGAAUCUUAUGAAGCAUUGGAUGCGUCUAUCGUUCUUAGUGGAUCCUAAAGGGAAAGUCCCAGUAAAAGUAGUGAGUAAAACCUUCGCAUCAGGAAAAACGGAAAAAUUGGUAUAUCAAUGUUUAUCAGAACUGGGUCUGCCUUCCGGCAAAAAUGAAUCUAUGGAUAAAGAAGCUUUCACAUUCGACAAAUUUUACGCUUUAUAUCACAAAAUCUGCCCCAGAAACGACAUUGAAGAGCUUUUCAGGACUAUAACUCAAGGCAAAUCAGAUCGAAUCAACUUAGAACAAUUUGUGAACUUCCUAAAUGAAAAGCAGCGUGACCCACGACUCAAUGAAAUCUUGUAUCCAUUGUACGACGACAAGCGAGCCCUCGAAAUCAUCACUGAUUAUGAACAAGAUGAAGAAGCUAAAAGUACUAAAUGUCUCACAAAAGAUGGCUUAGUUCGAUACCUAAUGUCAGAUGAAAACGCACCUGUGUUCCUCGAUCGCCUGGAUUUUUAUAUGGAAAUGGACCAGCCUUUAUCUCAUUAUUACAUCAAUUCAUCCCACAACACUUAUCUAUCGGGGAGACAGUUUGGUGGCAAAAGUUCUGUAGAAAUGUACCGACAGGUGCUUCUAGCUGGGUGUCGAUGCGUAGAACUCGACUGUUGGGACGGCAAAGGUGAAGAUGAAGAACCAAUCAUAACCCACGGGAUGGCGAUGUGCACUGAUAUCUUAUUCAAAGACGUCAUAUACGCAUUACGUGACACAGCCUUCGUGGCCUCUGACUAUCCUGUGAUAUUGUCCUUUGAAAACCAUUGCUGUAAAGCCCAGCAAUACAAACUAGCCAAAUACUGUGAUGAAAUUCUUGGAGAUUUACUCUUGAAGGAGCCGUUGCCUGAAUAUCCUCUAGAACCCGGCCAGCCAUUACCGCCGCCAUGUUUGCUAAAACGGAAGAUCAUGAUCAAGAACAAACGUCUAAAGCCAGAAGUAGAGAAGCAGGAGUUAGAGCUGUUCCGCCAAGGACAGUUCGUCAUUGAGGACGAGGUGAAGGAAGACGCCUCAGCUGUGGUCUUGCCGGAGAAAAAGGUAGAAGAGAUAGUCCCGGAGGUGGCGGCGGCGGCAACGGGCGCGGAGGGCGACGCGCCGCCGCCGGUGCAGUACACGGGCUCCACCACCAACGUGCACCCGUGGCUUUCGUCCAUGGUCAACUACGCGCAGCCCGUCAAGUUCCAGAGCUUCGAGGAGGCUGAGAAAAAGAACAUCCAUCACAACAUGUCAUCGUUCGCGGAGACCACCGGCAUGAACUACCUCAAGUCCCAAGCCAUCGACUUCGUCAACUACAACAAGCGGCAGAUGUCCCGUAUAUAUCCCAAGGGAACUCGAGCAGACUCCUCUAAUUAUAUGCCACAGGUGUUCUGGAAUGCGGGCUGCCAGAUGGUCUCGCUGAACUUCCAGACCUCAGACCUACCGAUGCAGCUAAAUCAGGGCAAGUUCGAGUACAACGGCAACUGCGGGUACUUGCUGAAGCCGGACUUCAUGCGGCGUGCCGACCGAAGCUUCGACCCCUUCGCCGACGCGCCGGUGGACGGCGUCAUCGCGGCCCAGUGCGCCGUGCAGGUGAUAGCCGGACAGUUCUUAUCAGAUAAGAAAGUGGGUACUUACGUGGAGGUGGAUAUGUACGGGCUGCCCUCCGACACCAUCCGUAAGGAGUUCCGCACACGCAUGGUGCCCGCUAACGGACUCAAUCCUGUGUAUAAUGAAGAGCCUUUCUUGUUUCGUAAGGUGGUGCUGCCGGACCUGGCGGUGCUGCGGUUCGGCGUGUACGACGAGAGCGGCAAGCUGCUGGGGCAGCGCAUCCUGCCGCUGGACGGGCUGCAGGCGGGCUACCGGCACAUCUCGCUGCGCACGGAGGCCAACUUCCCCAUGUCGCUGCCCAUGCUCUUCUGCAACAUCGAGCUCAAGAUAUACGUGCCUGAUGGCUUUGAGGACUUCAUGGCGGCUCUCUCCGACCCGCGAGCCUUCAUGGGCGCGGCCAAGGAGCGUACUGACAACAUGAAGCAGAUGGGCAUCGAGGAGAGCGGCCCGGAGAAGAAACCUGCGGAGGAGAAGAAGGAAGAACCGCUGGUAUUCGAGCCAAUAACAGUAGAAAGCCUACAAAAGGAGAAAGGCUUCGUUAAAACCGGACGCAAGCAGCAGAAAGAUCUAGAAGCUAUGAAGAAACGCCACGCCAAAGAGAAGAUGACGUUACAGAAGCAACAGUGCACGGCUCUGGAGAAGAUGAUAAAAGGAAAGAACAAAGAGCAGCUGAGCACGGACGCGUCGUUCCGGCAGCUGGUGGGCGAGCAGGCGGGCGCGUGGGGCGAGCUGGUGCGGCGCCAGCGCGCCGAGCUGUGCGCGGCCGCCAGCGCGCGCCUGCACGAGCAGCGCGACCUGCUCAAGAAGUGCUGCGAGCAGGCGCAGCUGGCGCAGAUGAAGCAGCUCGAGGCCAAGCACGAGAGGGAAUUAAAAGAGAUGAACACGCGACAAGCCAAAAUCAGUGUCGAGACCAGCAAGGAGGUGGCCAAUGAUAAGACUCUGAAGACCAAGCAAGAGAAAGAUCGCCGUCUGCGAGAGAAGAAACAGAAUAACACUAAGAAAUUCAUGGACGAGCGCAAGAAUCAAACGAUCAAACAGAACCGCGAAAAAGACAAGCUGAAGGCAACUCACGACAAGCAAAUGGAGGAACUCUCCAAGGAUAUUGACAAUCUGAUCGAAAUGUACAAAAUGGAGGAAUCUGAAUUCGAAAUGGCGUCUAAAACCGAGUUUUUUGCA